AUGCCCAAUCUCGGCGAACAGCAGCAGCAAGCCAUCUCGCAAAACACCUCGUACCGCUACCUGAGCAAGUCGCGUCUCCAGGAACUGCUCGAGCGACUGUUCCCCGGACAAACUGAAUUCAAUAUACAGAUGCGAGACGACCAAUGGUGUUUUAGCGCACCCAGAAAGGUAGAAGAUGUAAGCACUUGGGCCCAACAACUGGCAUUUCGUGUUUCCAUGACUAACGGCGAGGCUAUCACAGAGCGACAUCGAUGCGCGAUCCCUAAGCAGCAACUGCAGCAGAAAAGAGUUUUGCUAACGGAGCCUCUUCACCUCAUCGAGGUCGACCAGCAGCAGCCAGCGAGAUGUUCUGCGCACUUGCAGCUCUCAACUGCUCAAGAACUCGCCGCGCAUUUUGAUCAGAACCGUGACUAUUCAUGUCGCUUGAUAUCCAUCUGCCAGCGCAAUUCAUGGCAGCCACUACAAACUAGUAGGUCGAUGCUGGAUUUGAUCGUCGCCAAAAACAGUAUCAGCUCGCAGUUCUGGGACUUACCAUCGUGCUUCUAUCGCCGCAACCUUGAAGUCGAGGAGGUCUUUUGCGUUCCCUACUCAGAGACAAGGGAAGGUCCCAUCACAGAGAUAUCAUACACUUUGAAAUAUCCAGAAUACAAACCACGCACAAAUGAAUGGGUGAUUCGGCAGACCGGAAUUCACCACCGCUUCAAUUCGACAACGGGCCAGAGCGUGUACGUGCUGUUCAACCCGGUGCCUUCAUCCAAAGUACACCUCGCAGCGCAGGAACGGCUUCGAGAUAACAGCCAGGAAACCAAAACGGAACCUUUCUGGCUUCACAGAAUCUUAUUCGCAACGUACUUCCCAGCAUGGAGGCAAUACAUUGCAGCGCUGGAGCGUGAAUUUCUACCCAUAGCCAACGGUGUCAAUGUAGCAUACAUCGACGAACCGCUCCGAGUUGGAUUUGAAAAUCUAAGCACGACAAUGAGCCUCCAAAAACGAUUUCUCCAGAUAUCUACCCUACUGGCCCCAGCUGCCGACGUUCUCGACGCAAUGGAUAUACUGCUCAAGUCAAUUUCACAAACAAUAGCAACCCAUCCCGGCACUCAGAAAUUCAAAAAUUACAAUCGGCAAUGUAUCGCAUAUUCCCGAAUGGCAACAAAUCUGCAACAUCGUUCUCAAAUGACUGCCCAACUUUUGACCGAUACGCUGUCAUUCCGUGACCAGGUGGUUGCGAAACAGCAAAACGAGAACAUGCUCCAGCUGAACAAGUCAGCUGUCUUUGUGACAUUUCUGACUCUAUUCUAUUUGCCUGCGUCCUUUCUAACCUCUUUCUUCGGCAUGAACUUCUUUGAUUUAGACCAAGAUGCCAAACGCAUAGUCGGCACCCCUAUGAUCUGGAUAUUUAUAAUCUCUACGAUCUUUUUAACAGCUAUUACCGUCUUCAUCUACUACUGGCGAGUACAGCGAGAAGCCAAGCGCAGGGUUAUCCCACGGAUACAAAUCGACUGGAAUUGGAAAACAAUGACCCGGGGACUGGAAAUGAGAAAAUUGAAUCUGGAUAUGAGCCAAAAAGAUUCACAGGCUUGA